CAUUACUGGAGCUCCGAGUGUCUCAUCAUCAAAUCCAACACCGAAAGCGUCGCGUGCAGCCGGAUAAGAGAGUCACGUUAUUUCGGCACAGCGGGAUUUGGAGAUUUUACACCAACCAAGAGGACAAACAGUAAACUUUUUUUUUUCAAUCUUCGCUUCUCUUUCAAAAAUCGUUUAAGGAGAAAUUUCAAUCAGAGACAAUUUCCACAUUCGCAAAAAAAAAAAUCUUAUAUGAAUUGUUUACCCUCAAUUGUGCGUAACGCAUUGCUUAGACGCAGAUCAGGUCCGAUCCGAUUUGAGCUUUUCGUUAUUUCCGGGUCGCUUCUAUCGGGUACAGUGUUUUUAAUUCUCGUCCUGUCGCGAGCAAGUGGAUGUUUUUUUUCCUCGGAUCAGUGGGGCCAUCAUAGAUGUGCCAUCUAGAGACUUUGCGCAUCAUCAUCCUCAUCAUUCUUAUCCUCCUCCUCUUCGUCUGCUCCUUUUCGACGCGACUUGAGACUUCCGAACUCUAUAAAUCGAAGAAGGAGGAGUCUUAACUUCUCUUUUUUAAGGGUGGGAACUUUGAUUUUUUUUUUUUUUUUUUUUUUUUUUGCUCGGGCGAGUUGUGAUGAUGAUGAUGAUGAUGUCUAUGAACAGCAGUAGCAAGCAGGCGUUCGUCAUGCCUCACACCUCUUCACCCGAGCCCAAGUACUCUUCCUUGCAUUCUUCUUCUCCGAUUUCUUCUUCGUCCUCUUCAGCCUCAUCCACCUCGUCCUCCACUUUGACUUCGGACUCGCAAUCGUCGUCCUGCUCGUCCUCUCGACACAGCACGAGUAUCAUCAGCACCAGCAUCAGCAGCAGCGUGAGCUCGGAGGCAAUGCGCCGAGCGGGUCUCCCGACCCCACCGAGCAACAUAUUCGGCGGCUUGGAUGAGAGUCUACUGGCCCGCGCCGAAGCUCUGGCGGCGGUGGACAUCGUCUCGCAGACCAAAAGUCACCACCAGCACCAGCAGCACCACCACCACCCUCACCACCCUCCGCAUCCUCACCAGUCUCACCCUCCACCUCACCACAGUCCCUUUAAGCCGGACGCGACAUACCACGCCAUGAACGCGUUGCCGUGCACCUCCUCGACGUCCUCGUCCUCGUCGUCCUCUUCUUCCGUGCCAAUCUCUCACCCGUCUGCACUGGGCGGCGGCGGGAACGGAGGCCACCACCACCACCAUCAUCACCACCACCACCACCAUCCUCAGCCUCACCAAGCGCUUGAAGGGGACCUCCUCGAGCACCUCAGCCCGGGCCUGGCGCUCGCAGGUGCAGCCAUGGACGGCUCGGUGGUGUCCACGCCGGCGGCCCACAUGGCCGGCGUGAAUCACCCCAUGCACCAGGCAGCCAUCAACAUGGCGGCGGCGGCGGCGGCGCACGCUCACGCCCAUGCGCACGCCCACGCCCACGCGCACGCCCACGCACUCCCGUCGGCGCACCACCUGGGCUGCCCGAGCGACGUGGACGCCGAUCCGCGGGACCUGGAAGCGUUCGCCGAGCGCUUCAAGCAGCGGCGCAUCAAGCUCGGCGUGACGCAGGCGGACGUGGGCGCGGCGCUCGCCAACCUCAAGAUCCCAGGCGUGGGCUCGCUCAGCCAAAGCACGAUCUGUCGCUUCGAGUCACUCACACUCUCACACAACAACAUGAUCGCGCUCAAGCCCAUUCUCCAGGCGUGGCUUGACGAGGCCGAGAAGUCGCAUCGCGAGAAACUCAGCAAGCCCGAGCUCUUCAACGGCGCCGAGAAGAAGCGGAAGCGCACGUCCAUCGCGGCCCCCGAGAAGCGUUCUCUCGAGGCCUACUUCGCCAUCCAGCCGCGGCCCUCGUCCGAAAAAAUCGCCGCCAUUGCCGAAAAGCUGGACCUCAAAAAGAACGUAGUGCGCGUCUGGUUCUGCAACCAGAGGCAGAAACAGAAACGCAUGAAAUACUCAGCGUGCGUGUAAAAAAGAAAAAAAGAAUAAAGUUUCACUCUUUUAAAAGACUUCACGAACUGUUUGUAUAACAUUUCUUAUCCUCACAUUGUCCCCCCGAAUCAUCCAUGACUCGUGCACUGAAGCAGACUGUCACUCUGACUGAAAACACCAAAAUAACUGUCACGUCAAAAGAGGAUGUGGAGGCAUUUUAAAGGACCGGACCAAGUAAGACCUUGUUUUUCCCCUUUUGAUAUUUAACAUGGUCAGGAUUUCAGAUGAGUGUGACUCUAAAGCCUCAAUCAAAUUGGUUUUCUGGGCAAUUCUCCGUGUAGAAGAGCUAAGGAUGGACGGUAAAUAUAUUAAAUAAUAAUGAAGGAGAAAGCUGUGUCAAAAAAGAGGACAAAUAUCCACAAAUAAGACUUUUUAUAUUAAUUCUAUGAGUGAUAAUAUUAGACUAAAGAUGAAUGCGAAAUUGAAGAGGUUGAAAUUGUUUUGAUUGUUGUUGGGGUUAUUUUUCUGGAGCAACUUGACAAUAUGCCAUCAAAAUCGAGCACACAGUGACCAUCUUAUUAUUAUUAUUAUUAUUAUUAUUAUUAUUAUUAUUAUUAUUAUUAUUAUUAUUAUUAUUAUUAUUACUGUGAUAAGAUGCAAUACAAUUUCCAGUGAAUGCUUGAGUUAUGCUGUCUUUAGCUAUUUUUUUCCACCUCUUCAAUUUCCAUCCUCAUCACAGUCCUAAUCAAAGAAUAGUUUUGUAUUUCUCGCUAAAUAUUUAGUGCGUAAAAAAAGAAACAAAAAAAAUACAUAAAAAAAUCGAACCUGAACUUUUAGGCUAAAUAAAUGUAGCUAAGGCCAUGGAUACUGAAGGAUUAGAAAGGUUAAACUGUGUGCCAACCAUGUGGAUUUGUUUGAAUCAAAUCUCAGCUGCAAUACGCCUGCGCUCUACUUUCUUAUGAACUAUUUAUCAUGUGAGGUAAUGUUUACUUCAUUACAUAUUUAUUGGGAUUCCCUCCUCGACUUUUUUUUUUUCAUGAGAAAAUCAUAUUCUGACUACAAAAAGCCUUGUCUCUCUACAAGAUGGGGAGGCGGGGCGGGGGGAUUUGCUUAAAAUAAGCCACUUUACUUAAUAUUAUUAUUAUUUUUCCCCCUGUUUUUCAAUGACUACGGCACAAUUGAGAGAGAUAUGAUUACCCCCUCCCACCCUAUUUGAAUUAACUUUAUGUUGUAUGUUCUUUGGUAAUUUAUUUGUACAAAAUGGACGCGUAUCAUGAUGAAUUCAUGGCUUGUUACAUUCACCGUGUUUGGUAAAUGUUUUCUUUAUGGAAAAAAAUAAAAAAAGAUCCGUUUCAUGGAAAGUAUACGUGUAUAAUGUAAAUAAAUCAUUGGGUCGAACACAAGAAUAUUAUCCGUAUUUGCUGUAUUGCUGUUUUAGCUGCGGUCAAUCUUUUCUCUGUAAUGUCUGUUGCUUUAGGUUUACUUCUUGUCCAGUUUAUUUAUAUUUUUAAAAAAAAAUUGAUUUUACUAUUACAUCCAUGUAUAUUUUAAG